CUGAUAUUAUUAUUACUUUAAAUAUAGCUUGCCCUGGGGCGGGGAAAUGCACAAGGAAAGAGCCGGCAAGCAGCCUAUCUCUCAGAAGAAAAGAGCAAGCCUCGCAGCGCAGGAACUGGCUUCACUCAAGUGUGCAGUUUAGAACUCAGAAAACUAUUUGAAUUACCACCAUUGUGGAGGAGGCUGAAGAAAAAAGACACGGAACUGGCUAAACACAGAGAAGAACAUGGUAAACCAGGGUGCAAAGUGCAUCUAUUUGCAGUUUGAAAGUGGGCUCUGAAGUGCAAUGUAAGUCUUCCUUAAAUUGUAUUCUUUUAUAACAGUACCUAGUAGUUUAAUUUCCAUUCCGAAGCCAUGCUGGGCCAAAAGGUACAAUUAGCUACAAAAAUCAGCAUGGAGCAGAAUUUGUAGUCUCUGAUAUGAGGCUGAAAAUGAUUCUGAAAUACAACAGAAGACAGAGACUAUCAGCCAUAUUAUGGAAGAUGCACUAAAAAUAAGAGCAUAUUUAAUUAUUUCAAGAGAAACAUGCUGGAUGGAAUUAUUAAUCAACUUUCUUAAUAGAGAAGCAAGAGCUUUGCUGUUUAAUAAGGCAAGCUAUUUUAAUGCUGCUGUGUUUAAAAUUGUGUGAUUACAGUUACCAAUAGCAAUAAGAUGUAGCUCCAGAGGGGAGUCCUAGUGGUUGCAAAAGUUUUAUGUCUUUUAUUUCUCCAACCUUUUUGCUCUCUGAAGCCUCAAGUCCACAUUCUGUAUCCUACAGCCUGGCUUUACUUUUAAGCUGGAUUUUCAUUAUAUGCCAACACUGGGCUUCCUAUGGAACUGAAAACAAAACAUUUCAGCUUUCGGAGUAAUUCUGGUAUGUUUUUCUACAUCACACUAGUGGCAAAAAUACAGUCGACAAAAGAUUGUGCUCCUUCAACUUCUGGCAUGGAGAGCUGAGGAAUAUAAUGCCCAAUGGUGACAAAGGGUGAUCAUUUCCUGUUUUUCACAAUUUAUCUUUGUGGUUUUGGACUUAGCAAUGGAUAUUCUUUGUGAUGGAGAGAGCUCUGUGAACCCAACUGCAAACUCCUUCAUACAAAUAAAUCACGAGAGAAGAUUCUACAGAAAUGUUUAUGGAGCUGGAGAAAUUAAUAUAUCACAUCUCUGCAACCUGACUGUGAACUCUGACAACCUAACCAAUCUUUCAUGCGAAAGUAACAUGAGCCCACCGUGCUGCCCUUCGCAGAAAAACUGGCCGGCUUUGCUGACAGUGAUAGUGAUUGUUUUAACCAUUGCUGGAAAUAUUCUUGUCAUCAUGGCUGUUUCACUGGAGAAAAAACUACAGAAUGCCACUAACUAUUUUCUAAUGUCACUUGCAAUAGCUGAUAUGCUGCUGGGUUUCUUUGUCAUGCCUGUGUCCAUGUUAACCAUACUGUAUGGAUACGAAUGGCCUCUACCUAGAAAGCUCUGUGCCAUUUGGAUCUACUUGGACGUGCUCUUCUCCACGGCAUCCAUCAUGCACCUCUGUGCCAUCUCACUGGAUCGCUACAUUGCCAUCCGAAACCCCAUCCACCACAGCCGCUUUAACUCAAGAACGAAGGCUUUUGCCAAAAUAAUUGCUGUUUGGACCAUAUCAGUUGGUAUCUCCAUGCCUGUACCUGUCUUUGGACUACAAGAUGACUCCAAAGUAUUUAAGAAAGACAUUUUUAAGAAAGACAUCUGCUUACUCGCAGAUGAAAAUUUUGUUCUAGUAGGUUCUUUUGUGGCAUUCUUCAUCCCUCUAACCAUCAUGGUAGUCACUUACUUUUUAACUAUCAAGUCGCUGCAGAAGGAAGCUAUGCUAUGUGUGAAUGACAUUGGCCCUAAGACCAAGUUUACUUCAUUCAGCUUCCUCCCUCAGAGUUCCCUGUCCUCAGAGAAACUCUUUCAGCGCUCCUUGAACAGAGAUACAGGGACUUCAGGGAGGAGAACAAUGCAAUCCAUCAGCAAUGAGCAGAAGGCUUCCAAGGUCCUUGGCAUUGUCUUCUUCCUGUUUGUUGUGAUGUGGUGCCCAUUUUUCAUCACCAAUGUGAUGGCUGUUAUUUGCAAGGAGUCAUGCAAAGAAGAGGUCAUUGGAGGGCUUCUUAACAUAUUUGUUUGGAUUGGCUACCUUUCUUCGGCUGUCAACCCACUCGUGUACACGUUGUUCAACAAAACCUACCGCUCAGCUUUCUCUCGCUACAUCCAGUGUCGCUACAAGGAGGAGAAGAAACCUUUCCAGCUGAUUUUAGUGAACACUAUCCCAGCACUUGCAUAUGACUCCAGCCAGCUCCAGCUAGCACAAAUGAAGAGCUUGAAAAAAGAGGCGAAAAUGAUGGCUAAGGAUUACUCGACGGUCACGAUAGGAGCACAUCGUUUAGAUGGUACCUCCAAGGGAAGUAUCGGCCCAGGGAACGAAAAGGUUAGUGGUGUGUGAUGGUCAGCAGCUGCCAUGACAACCACUGUGCGUGUGCUGAAAAUUUCACCUGCUGUGAGAAGCUCUGAUAGCUUAGGAAAAUCAGCUGUGUCCAAGAGACCUUCCGACAACAUCAUAUACUCCUCCCAUUAUCCUGUGAAUGAAAAGCAGGGUUGAAAGGGUAUCAAAUGUGCAAUUUUUUUUCAUACAGUACUUUGGCUGUUUUAAGCACAGGCUUUAUUAAACUUAUUUUUUUAAUAUUCUAAAGAAUAUAUUUCUUAAAGAAAAAAAUGUAAUUUCUGUAUUAUAAUAUGGGCUAUGAAGAAACCUACGCAUUUCUUUUCUCUUUGCCAAUGAAAGCUAAGCUGUCCUUUGAUGUUCUCGCAGAGUAGGCUCCAGCUAGUUUGUCUUGCUACAAUUGAGUUUUGUUAUCAUUAACUGAAUGAGCACUUUAUGGAAUUUUAAAUAAAAUGACGGUUCAUUUGCAAAUAUAUAUUUAAAAUAAAUCUUAAAGUAUUAAACAAAAUCUAUUAAAACUGGUAUAGAUUAAUUAUAUGGACAUUUUGUUAACUGUUUUUAUGCCAUUUUUUCUUCCUCAGUAACCAUCCUGAAAUGUCCCUGGGCUUUUCUGCCAUUUGUUCUGUAUUUCAAAUAAGCAAUCUUCAAAGGUAAAUUAUACUUGAAUAAUCCUCUGUUUCUACCACCACUUGUAAUUUUUAUUUCAGGACUUGUAAUUUAUUUGCAUUCAAAAAUUUCAUGUUCAGCUUAAAAAUUGAAAAUAAUGUUUUCAAAAUUAUUUGUGUUAAUUCCCUGCUCCCUCCCACUGCUGUUGACAGGGAGGGGAAGUGAGAGAACAGUGGAAAACCAGGCACAACAUUGCUAAAUAAUUUCAGCAUCACUUCCAGAUUCGUAACUCUGUACAAUUCCAACAAAGUCUGGUUUAAGCAAUGUCAGAGGAAGUUUUGCAUGAGUAAAGCCUUCAGUAAAAGGUUGAAGCAGAUCCUCUCUCAUCAUUUCUCUUUGGUUAAUAAAGGGCAUUAUGAAGAAUGGUUUAGGGCUUGUAAAGCCAGAAUUAUUAGAAAACUGUUAGUUGAUAAAAAUUGUUUUCCCUUGUUUCACUGUAUUGCUGUUAAGGCAGAUUGCUCAGGAAUGGUCAGAAGAUUGCACUACUAGGACUCAGCCUUAAUGAAAUAUGUAUGGGCAAAUGGGGCUCACUUGAAAAUAACAGGAUCUGUAAACAACACUGAUUUCACCUGCAUAGAUCCAAGGGCAGGAUACAUUGCAUAAAGAACAUAAAAUACAUUGCUUGACAGACAUGCUUAGUCAUGAAACUCCUUUCAGGCAUCAUAGCCAAUGUCACUGAGGCCAGUGGGACUUUGCUGAAGAGGGGAAAUAUAAAUGCUGCAUUCAUGCAAAGCUUAAAUCCAAUAAUUUGAUUCAUUCCAUGAAUUUUGCAGCCAUAAUCUCAUGAGAACCAGGAUGUAUUCCAGUUUCUCUGGAAAAAACACUGCCCAUCCAGGAGCAAAACCUCAAUGCCUUCAUCUGUCCUUCUAUUGAAGUUGUUCAGUUUUUACAGAGCAAUUAAAUUUCUACUAAGUCAAAGAAGGAGAAAGACAGAGAGAAACUGAACCUUUUUCUAGCCUACCAGGUGGGAGCCUUUGGAAGAAGGCCUUUAGCUUAAGACACUGAUCUAUGGCAGACAAGGGCUUAAAAGUUGGCUGGGUAUUUGAUUUCCAAGAAACUGAUUUAUUGUCAUAUAGAUUGUAUAAUUAAAUGUGCUAGUUUUACAAGUCCUUUCCUCAGGCAUGGGAUAAGUAGGAGUCACUGUGCACUGACUGGUCAGACAGAAGCUCUGCAUGCACAUGAUGACACUGGCUCACCCCACAGACCUCAGCCUCCAUGUCUGGGACAAAGUGUCAUGCUGUAGCCCCACUCACAGUGAUGAUGCCACAUAUGUCAUCUAUCACCUUGCAGACAUUCAUGGGUUUCCUCCCAAAACUGGUCAUUUAGGAUGAACUGACAAAUUAAGUGGAAUAAAUGCUGUGCUCACCAGGUGCUUUAUAUGCUCUCUCUGUCUCUGGGUACAUUUGAUCACCGCAGUCAAACUGAACAGCUUCAGCAGAAGCAAAAAUGAGCUUACUGCUUCUACCUCCCUAUGCACACAUCCCUCUCCUACACAGCACUGUGUGAGGGGUGUCACACUGAAAAAGAAGGGAUUCCAGGGGGAAUCUGCUAAAUGCAGCUGAAUAUGAGGACUACCAUAGUAGUAGGUGGGAGCAGUGAUUUCCACUAUUUCCAUUAAGUUUGAUAUUGACCCUAAAUCUGGCACUUUGAGCUAAGGACAAUGUCCACGUUGUAUCCCACAGGCCAGAUGUUUCCACUCCACAACUGGGGUGAUGGUUUUGAGGAUUUGCUCUUGGAAACAGGUAUCUCAGGGAAUAAGCAGGCAGUAAUAAAAGCAAAGGUAUUUUGUGAGAAGAGGCCCGAGGCUCUAGAUCUGCCAUGAAACCAGAUUGCCUUCAUAGGAUGAAUAUUGACAGGGGACUGAAGGUCUCUAAACCUGCAUUUGAGGGGAAAGGAAACAAAAAGGCUCCUACCAGUGGAGGGAAUUGCCACCUUUUUUUGCCAUUUAUGCCUGACCUGAUGCAAGUUUCUCUGGCCUUGCAAAGGGAAGAAGUAAGUGGGACAGAAAGCUUGGGUCUCAUCGCCCACUUGUGCCAGGGAGCAAAGCCCACCUGCAUCCUGUAUGAUGUACAUUGCACCCCGCACUUCACUGGAGCUCAGUUCCUCCCAAGUCUCCUGAGGGUCUGGUUGCUGCUCUGCACAGUCUCCUUCACCAGCUCACAGCUGAUAAACUGUUACUGAACAUUCCACAUUCAGUGCUUGUGCUCUCCACUUACGGUCUGCGUUUUGCCCACGUGGCAGAGCAGUUCAGCCCUCUGUUUCUCUCUCAUUUCACCUUCUGUUCCUCGUUCACAAUGUCCAAUUGCUCAGGUUGCAAAUACUGACAGGGAAUGUUUCACUACAAUCACAGAGGGUUUCAAUUACUGGAUUGAAGUUUCAUUACAAGAUGACUCUGAACAAUCAUUUUUUUCCCAGCUUAUUAAAAUAAAACCUAUGUUUUGGACAUAAGGGACUUGACAGCAUUUAAUUAAUUGACAGCUGGAGAGAACAUAACAGUUUUUGCUUAGAAGCAGGGAAAACUGAUGCCUGAUGUUUUGAUUCUGGAGUGCUCAGAUAGAUGGUUUUAUUGAGUGAUCAGCAGUUUUUGCCUAAGAAGCCUCUCAAGGCCAAGAAUGCACAGCAGAUAAAGACCACUCUUUAUGGACAUUUUUGACAGCUUAGAAAAGCCUGAUUCUGCCACCCUGCAUCAAAAUAUUAACAGAUUUUUGUGCAGUUUGCCUUAGUGAGGAUGACGGAGUCAGGAUAUGAAUUUGUUCUAGCUGCCAUGCCAAAUCUGCUAGAGGUUGUUCAUCAGUAGACAGCAAUUAAUGGACUCAUUAUACUGCAGACAGAUGACAAAGUUCAUCUGUUUUAAACUAGGAUUUACAGCACUUGGCCCAUGCUUGGAAUGAACAUUAUGGUUUAAUAUGACCAUCUUCAGAGCAACAUUUCCAACUUCCAAAAAACUGUAUUUUCAUUAAGCAUCAGACUAGAAUGGAACUUUUUGUAAUUUUUCAGGUUAAAAAAAAAGAGAAGACAUUCAUACAGACUGGUUCAGAGGUUAGGGCCUUCCCCUACCUCACAAGAAAAGCAUGCUGAGUCAGUCGGUCAUAUCUGCAUCCAAAAAAAACACUUCAUCUGAAAAACCUUUUCAGCAUCAAUUUUUCAAGUAGAUUUACAUUUUAUUACUGUUAAGACUGCAUCUGAAAAAUGUCCAAAGACAUGAAGCUCACCAUGUAUCUCCUAAGCUGGUGUGCAUCCUUUUUACACUUCAGGGUAAAAAUUCCUAUGUCUCUAUUCCAUCCAGUCAACCAAGCACUGUACUUCUGUAAUUAUUGCCAGAUGGUGAGAUGCAUUCUAUUUUGAAUACCUGUAUGUUUGCUUAUGUAAAUACAUAGAGAAAAAAAAUUGCUGUAUUUUGUAAUGUUACUGUAAAAUGGUGUUUCAAUGCUUUACUGUUCUGUCUGAUUGCACUGCUAGUAAAGCAGAUUAAAAUAUUCAAAUGACAUCAGUUGUUUUAUAAACUGGAAGUUUGUCUUAAGUA